GUGAACGCACCUUUUCUACAGGAAGUGACGUAUAUCGUUAUUCCUGCUCUUCAUUUUUGUCGUGUGGUGUUAGCAGCUUCAGCCACCCAAGAUGACUACAGCUGCAAGACCAACGUUUGAGCCGGCGAGAGGAGGGAGAGGUAAAGGUGAAGGUGAUUUGAGUGCUUUGUCUAAGCAGUAUUCCAGCCGAGAUCUUCCAGGUCACACCAAGAUCAAGUACAGGCAACCUACUCAGGAUGCCCCUGAGGAGGUGCGUGCCCGUGACUUCCGCAGAGAGCUGGAGGAGAGGGAGCGUGUCGCUGUACGUGAAAAGACCAGAGAGAGGGGACCAAGAGAGCACACCACAUCAUCAUCAUCUUCAUCGUCAUCUUCAAAGAGGCCCAGACUGGAUCAGAUCCCAGCAGCCAACCUUGAUGCGGACGACCCUCUCACUGAUGAUGAUGAGGAUGAGGACUCUGAGGAGGACAGCGAUGAUGAUGACACCGCAGCUCUUCUGGCAGAACUGGAGAAGAUCAAGAAGGAGCGGGCUGAAGAGCAAGAACGCAAAGAGCGUGAGCAAAAGGCAGAGGAGGAGAGGAUUCGCAUGGAGAAUAUCUUGAGUGGCAAUCCAUUGAUUAACCUGGCAGGGCAACAACAACAACAACAACAACAACAACAGAUGAACCAGAGUCAGACUACAUUCAGAGUCAAGAGAAGGUGGGAUGAUGAUGUUGUGUUCAAAAACUGCGCCAAAGGAGUGGAUGAGGCACGGAAAGAGAAACGCUUCGUCAACGAUACGCUGCGCUCUGAGUUCCACAAGAAAUUUAUGGAGAAAUAUGUAAAGUAAAGGACUUGGUUUGUGUUUAUUUUAUUGUUUGUAUUUUUUAAAUUUCAUUUCUUUGGUCUCUCCCUUCCAGUUGGUAGAUGGCAUUCAAAUACAUUCUGCAUUUCAAUUAAUUAGUCUCUGUACAAUCAACAGGUAAAAUUUGUAUAUAAAUAAGUUACAUCUUUUGAAUAGCUCAAAACAAGAUGGAUUUAACUGUUAAAUGUGAUUCAGCAUUUGAGUCUUUCUGCAGCUUUUUUCUUUUUCCUUUAAUUUCAAUAAACAAAAGUUUGUGUUUGAAA